GAGCCCAAACUCCGCCCUCUCCCGUUUACAUCACUUCCUGUCCGACUCCUCCACUGUUUACCGAUCGGAUCCCGGAAUAGAGCGGAGGGGAAGGUGCGGGGCCUGGUACCGGAGACACGGGAACCGAGGAGAACGCUGUGACAGGGAGGGGAUCCCGAGGACCAGCCGGUGCUGGUUGUCAUAUCUGCCCCUUGGCUUACCUUCAUCCAGGAAGAUGUGCCAGCAAGUAUCUGCAGGGAAAAGUCUGUGGCAUAAAGUCUGGUCUUCAGGAAGGAGUGGAGUAUUAGUGUUACUACUUUCCUAUCUACCUUAUAGUUUCAGCUCAGUGUGUCCACCACCCCCAGAACCAGAGAAUGGUGGAUUCAUGUGUCACCCACCACACUGUGAAAAGUCGUUUACUUCUGGAAGCGUCAUAGAGUACUUCUGUGCUGAGGGGUACAUGCUGAAAGGAGACUACAAGUUCCUAACAUGCAAGAAUGGUGCUUGGAACCCACCUAUGGGAGUUAGUUGUAGAAUGAACCAAGACACCAAUAGAAACACGAGCAUUGGGGUCCCCACACUUUCCAUUGUUGCCUCAACAGCCAGCUCUGUGGCCCUGAUACUACUCCUAAUUGUCUUAUUUGUCCUGCUGCAGCCCAAAAUCAAGUCCUUCCACCACAGCAGGCGUGAAACGCACAUGACGGGGGAGCAAGUUUCCAUCAUGGUUGAUGGGGUGCAGGUAGCCCUUCCUUCGUAUGAAGAAGCGGUUUAUGGCAGUGCAGGAAAUUGUAUCCCAUCUGCCAGCUCUCGUGUGCAGAUUGUAUUAUCUGAAGGACCAGGAGAAGAGCAGGAUAUACAGCAGGAAGUACCCGGCUCCAGCAUACCAGGACAAUCUCUACAGAAUGCUCAGGCCGCUGGCCCAGCCAUGGCACAUAAUUCACAAUGCACAGCUGGCAGCUCACAGCGAUCAGAGACUGUACUCGUCCAUCAGACUUCUUCCCAGUGGGUGUCUGGAGCACAGAGACGGACACUGGGAAGGGAGGGAGCUGACUCUGAAAACAGCGAUGUGCAGAGUCUUCUUUCACUCUCUUCUGAGGAAUAUACAGAUGAUAUCCCUCUGCUAAAAGAAGCUUGAAGAGAUCUGAUGCCUCACUCAACCCUGCGGGAUCCCUACAAUCUUCUGCUCUGCAUUUCCUGUAUGGACAGGAGUUUUGGAGCAGACAUGUGCCUCCCUCACCCCACCAACCCACUUAGCACAGACACUUUGUUCCCCAUCUACACAAUGCUGGGAGCAGGUUGUCUGAGCCACGCUUGCAGAGGUGUACAACUCUAUUUAAAAUGUAUGUGUUAUGCUGUAACCUAUAUACGAAUAUUCCUGUGAUAUGGGCUGGAUCAUACAUUGCCUGGCACGUUUUCCUACUAAAUAUUAAUACCUCUUGGCCUUCCUAGUGAUUUCAGCACACACAAAUGUUGUUGUGGACCUCCAUAAGACGCUUUCAAAUAAUUGGAAUAUAUUUACAUGGUUCCCAAGGGAAGACUCUUGUCUCAGGUUAAGCCAUCUAAUUCAGGUGGCUACAAAAUUCAUUGUCCAGUGCAAUAUUCGCUGUCUUCGCAAGCAUCACUGGACAAGGACUUUUCCAACACCUAAGGUGUAGACCACUUCUCACGCUGGCUGCUUUCCCCAUUAGAGGCUUAUUCAGUUCACUCUUCUGUUAAUGAUCAUUACAGACUUCAUAAUGAAAGGAGAAACCAUGUACAGUAACCAAUGUUGAAUAACUCAAAGGUGAUUGAAACAUGGAUUUACUGCACUUUGCCUAUUGAGGUUUGCCUUUUUAAAAAUAGGUUUGAUUGAUAUCUUCUAGUAAUGAUUGUACCAGAGGAGCAGCACAUCUCCAUGACCCCUGAAUAGGCUGUGCUGGUGGUUUGGCAUUUUGUAUGGGAUAUGUGUCUACCAUUAAGUUACUGCAAAGCAUUUUGUAACUUUUAAAAAGGAGGAACAUUUUAAAAUAUAAGUUCUAUCGAGAGAUACAUAUCAUGCAUUGGGGUAAGAUUCAUUGCUCCAUACGUAUGGGACUCCCAGAUGAUGUGGGAUGCCCAAAAAAAUAAAUUAAAACUGGUGCACGUGCUAAAUCUAUACCUAGAGCACUAGACAUGGAAAUAUUGUAAUUUAGUAUAGUAGCUCCUGUAUGUCUAAUAAUCCACUUCAAGAUGAUUCUAUUAGUUUACAUUUCUCAAAAAUGUAGGACACUUCAUCUCUCGUAUAUUUAGUCAACUGGCCAGGAUUUUAUCUAGUUAGAAGACAAUAAACCCGUUUUUAUUGUUCA